AUGACAUUACGGACGUUCAUGGCACACGGUUAUGCUAGCCGUAUCCAUGAAUUACAAGGGGAAAAUUUUUUCGAUUUAUUAGACGAUAUAUCAGGAAAAAAUUUCAAUGAAGCCAUAUCUACCGAAAUGUUGCAUUUUUUAUCGUCUAAUGUUACUACUCUACACCACAGUAAUACUAUCCAGGAAAUUGUUACAACGAAGAAAUUACAUCGACAAUUAUUAAUUACUGGUUAUCUGAAAAAAAUAACAGAUAAUAAUGAUCGCUCAUGCAUGUCAAAUACGAUUGCAAAAGGUGGAAUUGAUGAUAGCUCAACAAGAAUGAUUACAAUUAUG